CGGUAAUAAAAAAACAAAUAAAGAGGGGGGAGAAAUAGUCAGAGAAACUGAGAGGGAAAAUCGGAGAAUGAAGCGGAGAAGGCAAAGUAAGAAGGUGAAAAAGGUUAUGGAUUUGAUAGCAGUGAAGGAUUGCGGAGCAGAUGAGCUCGAAAUGUACGGAGGAGAAGUCGAAUUCGGUUUCCAAUUUUCGGAUUUCGGAUCCACUGAGGGAGGCGUUGAAGGCCAGGGGAAUUGAAUCGCUGUUUCCGAUUCAAGCCACCACUUUCGAUACCAUUUUGGAUGGCUCCGAUUUGGUUGGCCGUGCUCGUACUGGUCAGGGAAAAACCUUGGCCUUUGUCUUGCCAAUUGUGGAGUCUAUACGAAAUGAACUUGAUGCAACUACAAAGAAGACCAGUCAUGGGAGAGCUCCCAGUGUUUUGGUUCUCUUACCAACUAGAGAAUUGGCUCUCCAGGUUUUUGCUGAUUUUGAAUAUUAUGGCGGGGCAUUGGGUCUGUCAUCUUGCUGUUUGUAUGGAAGUUCUCCCUAUGCUCCCCAACAAACUAAAUUAAGUAAAGGGGUUGAUAUUAUUGUGGGCGCUCCUGGACGAAUCAAGGACCUCAUACAAAAGGGAAACAUUGAUUUGACCUCUUUAAAGUUUCGCGUUCUUGACGAAGUGGAUGAAAUGCUGAGAAUUGGUUUCGUUGAUGAUGUGGAAUUUAUUCUAGGAAAAGUAGAAGAUCCAAGACAAGUUCAAACACUUCUUUUCAGUGCCACUUUGCCGGAUUGGGUUAAACAUAUUGCAUCUAAGUUUCUUAAACAAGACAAGAAAACUAUAGACAUAGUUGGGAAUGAUAAAAUGAAGGCAAGCACCAGUGUGAGACAUGUUAUUAUUCCUUGCUCAAGUUCUGCCAGGUCUCAACUCAUUCCUGAUAUCAUUCGAUGCUAUAGCAGUGGAGGCCGCACUAUUGUAUUCACUGAAACUAAGGAUUAUGCUUCUGAACUUGCUUCAUUGUUACCCGAUGCUCGUCCUUUACAUGGUGAUAUUCAACAGGCCCAACGUGAGGUUACACUUUCUGGAUUCAGAUUAGGCCAGUUUAUGACCUUAGUCGCGACGAAUGUGGCUGCUCGCGGAUUGGACAUUGACGUUAUGCUAGUUAUUCAGUGUGAACCUCCGCGAGAUGCUGAGGAUUACAUUCAUCGAUCUGGAAGGACUGGAAGGGCAGGUAAUAGUGGGGUGGCAGUCAUGUUUUAUGAUCCAAAGAAGUCAAACAUUUCAAAGAUUGAAAAGGAUUCUGGUGUGAAGUUUGAGAUGAUGGCUGCUCCACAACCAGCUGAAGUUGCCAAAAUUGUUGGCAGAGAAGCUGCUGAUGAAAUUGCGGCAAUCUCUGAUAGUGUGAUACCGGCCUUCAUAGGAGCUGCCCAGAACUUGAUGAAUGCCUCUAAUCUCUCUGCUGUUGAACUUCUUGCAAAGGCACUUGCAAAAGCUUCCGGAUAUACUAAGAUGAAGAGCCGCUCACUUCUUACUUCAAUGGAGAAUUAUGUUACUCUGCGCCUUGUGAGUGGAGGCCCCGUGUAUUCUCCUUCAUUUGUGUAUAGUUCCUUGAAAAGAUUUUUACCUGAAGCAAUGGUUGAAUCAAUCAAAGGAGUUGCAUUGACGGUAGAUGGAGGAGCGGUGUUUGAUGUAUGUACAGAAGACGUGAACAGGUGCCGAAAAUGGAUUCGACAUAAAGCUGGAGAUUGUGGAAUCCUUGCCGAGGUUGCAAGAAAGAGAAAAAUCCCGUGGUGGAAGAUAUGGUCGCGGUGGAGGAGGCGCUGGCUUUCCUGAUCGAAGAGGAGGCGGUGGUCGUUUCUCGGGAGGAAGAGUGGGGUUUUCCGAUCGACAAAACAGCUACAUGUUUGGCAGAGGGAACGUUCGCAAAUGGUGAAGAAAUAAUAACAGCGUAGGGAAACAGACAGACAAGACUACUCAUCAUUGUAGAAUUUAACAGUUAGAUCUCUUGACAAAGUCCUACAAGUUGUCAGUCUUUUACGAGAUUUCGUUUCUCCAUUUUUUAAAUUUUUUUUCUUUUCAAUUUGUCUUUAUAGAACCGAUGAGUUACUAUAAUAGCCAUUUUCAAUUUCGCAUUAGAAGUUGGAAAAAAGGUGGAACCCAAACGCGUGUAUCUCAAGAACACACUGGCAAGGCUACUGGACAGUUGCAGGAACAUGAAUGAACUCGAACAGAUUCUCGCCUCAUUUUCUUCUGCGUCGUCUCAAACUCUGGCUCUCUCAACUAUGCCGACAAUGUUUUCAGACUCAUCUCCAGCCUGAGUUCGUUUGCUUACAAUGCCAUGAUCAGAGCUCCCGCCUCCAAGAACAGUGAGCCGGCUUCUCACCAAGCUUUAAUUUUGUAUAAAAGAUUGUUACUUGAUGGGUUUACACCAGAUUUUAUUGCGCUGCCCUUUGUGUUGAAAGAAUGUGUAAAGAUGUGAGCUUCUUGACAAAGCAGUGCAGGUGUUUGACGAAAUGUAUGACAGAGAUAUUGUGUCAUGGAAAUCGAGGAUCGUGGGGUGUUUGAGAAACAAGCAACUUGAUUCGCCAUGGAUCUUCUCAGGAGAAUGACAGAGAAGAACAUCAUCACAUGGAAUUCAAUGAUCACAGGGUUUGUUCAGUGAGUUAGAGGAAAGGAGGCUCUGGACUUGUUCCAUGAAAUGCAGAUUUCUGGUGAUGAUAAAGUCAUCCCGGAUAAAAAAAUCACAAUGGCUAAUGUUAUUUCGGCUUGUGCAUCUCUUGGCGCUAUUCAUCAU